AUGCCAUCAUCCAAAACCGACACAGCAAUCCGCUACCCCGAGCGUGCUGAUCAGCAGCGUCGAAUCCGUGGCGUGACUCAAGACCGCAAGUGGGAGGCCCGAAUGCGUGAGAGAGCCGUAACGAAUCCCGAGUUGGCAUCAAACGCUACGGCAUGGGGACCCGAGACUCAACUAGAGCUUCACAUGGACCAGGAGGGAAACCCCCAGCCGGAUCCCAAGCAGUUUAGUGAUGGGAACAAAGCCGCGAGACAGGGGUUGGUGUCCAAGGGAGGAGACCAUGAUAUGGUCUCUGCUGCGAAUGAUGUUCCUUAA